CUCAUCCUGUCCUACAAUUCUGAACAUACACAAGAAGGAUAUAUAUAAGCAUCCUCUUUGAUGAUUGUUUUCGAAUUGCUUUCACCUCGCCUCACUUCGUCUCCUGGAGGUCGUCCCGAGACACCUGGGAAACUCGCGAGACACGCCUGCACGCGCGCAUAUACGUGAUCGGGGUGUUAAUUAUCAAUUUUAGCGGCGAGAUGGACUACGAGCUUAGUUAUGAGACAAUCCGAUCUCUUCGUACAUAUCUAUAUAAACUACCGGCGAGCAAGGUUUAGUUAGUUGAUCGUUUCAAUUGCGAAUGUAAAUUACUCGUUGUGCGAAUGUCUGACAGUAGUGACCGAUCUCUCAAGAGAUUAUGACAUGACUUUACGGUGUUUCUUUAGCAGUUGAAUCGUACAUCAGAGAUGUGGACCUAUCUUGCCUUUCUAGCUGUUAUCUACGUUAUAUAUACAUUGAAGAAUUACGUCAGAAUCCUCAGAUUUAUCUUUACCCUCGAUGGACCGAAGACAGUGCCUAUUUUUGGCAACGCUAACAUUAUUCUCGAAGGAAAUCUGAUUCAAAGGAUGAUAAACGAGGCACAGAAUUAUGGUCGUAUUUUCCGGAUCUGGCUGACGCUUCUACCAUACGUUAUACUCGUCGAGCCAGAAGACAUCCAAGUAGUACUUAGCAGCAUAAAGCAUACACAAAAGAUAUUCUUUUACAAACUGCUCGACAAUUUUUUGGGCAAGGGCCUGAUUACGCAAAAUGUCGACCAGUGGAAAGUACAUCGAAGAUUUUUGCAACCAAUUUUUCAUCGUCAGGUGCUCGAGAAAUUCGUUGGAAUAUUCGGCAAGUGUGCUGAUUGCCUAAUCGAUAAGUUACUUGAAAAUGAUGGAAAGGAUAUAAAUAUCACCGUAUUUAUCAAUAAUUCGGUUUACGAUAUAUUGAUCGAGACGAUUCUGGGUACGCCGGCAAACCAAAGAAAAAACGAUGGUGAGAACGACCCAUUCAGAAAGGGCCAAGUUAUGAUGCCAUAUAGAUUUGCACGACCAUGGUUGCUAAUCGAUUGGAUUUACCGAUUGACAGCAGCUGGAAAAUCGGAGGAACAGCAACAGAGAGAUCUGUUCAACUUUUGCUUUAAAAAAAUGAAGGAGAAACGCGAAUUUUUGAAAAAGAAUGGCUCUCUUAUUGUCGAUGACAACACGAUUAGAAAAAAAUCUCUACUAGAAUACAUGGUCGAGAUUAGUGAAAGAAAUCCCGAAUUUACUGAGCGGGAUAUCAUCGAGGAAUGUUGCACUUUUAUGCUGGCCGGCCAGGAUUCGGUUGGCACUGCCACUGCCAUAACGCUUUUCCUUCUGGCGAAUAAUCCGAAAUGGCAGGAGAGAUGUGUCACGGAAUUGCAUGAAAUUUUUAACGAUGACACAAGGUCGCCAACUAUGCAGGAUCUUAUGAAGAUGACAUGCUUAGAUAUGUGUAUAAAGGAAUCUCUGAGGUUGCAUCCUAGCGUGCCACUUUUUGCUAGAACACUCGGAGAGGAUGUAAAACUAGGAAAAUAUAUAAUACCGGCCGGUUGUGGCGUAUUUAUAGCGCCAUACUGCACGCACCGCUUAUCUCAUCAUUUUCCUGACCCUCACGAUUUCAAACCGGAACGUUUUAGCUCUGAAAACUCCGAGGGAAGACAUCCAUAUGCCUACAUACCGUUUAGUGCAGGACCUCGCAAUUGUAUCGGAUACAAAUUUGCUAUUCUUGAAAUAAAAUCAAUCAUCAGUGCUAUUCUGAGGAAGUGCCGAUUAGAGCCAACUCUUGGCAAGGAGAAAAUGAUAGCUAAAUUUCGAUUGACGGUCAGAGCACAAGGUGGACUUUGGGUCAAAGGACGUACAGCUGAUCCUAAGGACAGAAGCACAAGGUCUACAUAACGCAUAAUGCAUAAGAAAAUAAAUGAAUUA